AUGGCUGCUACCCAGCCAGCACUUGCAGUACUGCAAACACUACAGGCUGAACUCUCCCCUGGCUCGCUGUUGACAUUUAGUAGCCUUUUCAGGUUCAUGACCCUGGCAUCGACACUUAGGAAUGACAUCUUACUCGUCCAAGCUGCAUCACACCCCUCCAAUACUGCUCCUGACUUUAUCUCUCCUGCCAUCAAUUUGUUCUUGGCAGCCUGUUGUGAUCUCAGCGAAAGUGAUGUAGAUGUGUACUGGAAGGUUCUCAAGGAUGUCAUGUGGCAUAGCAAUGGAGAUAUAUUUGGUAUCAAGGACAUGUUCCCCUUGUUUGCGAAUCAUGGGCGACAAUAUGGAAUCAGUGUGUAUUAUCAUUUUGUACAGGGAUAA